GCACCAAUCACUUGUGUAUUAGUUGUCCAUUAUUACCAAGUGCAGCCAUUAUUAUAUAGCCAGGGUUUCAUCUAGAGUUUGGAAUUGGGGGGGGGUACCACUCACUCAUCAGUGCUGCAAGCACAGGAGGUAAUUAAUAGUAGGCAUCAGUUUUUUAUUGUCAAUGUACGUUCCAAAAUCUUUAUGGCGGGAAGUGGUGAAGUUUGGGGGGAAGCUCCCCCCCUGUAGAUGAAACCCUGAUAGCACUUUAGCCAAAUAAUGCCUAUGUAUGUAAACUGAGUGAGAAUCGGCUCGUGUGCAAAUUUCAUAGCAUGGAACAAGUAGCUGGUUACUAUUAAUUGCGGUUACUAAUUUUAGCAUUUUUGCACAGAUAAUUUUUGGCAUAUACUAAUUUUAGCGAUUUUUGUCCCCACAUCAUUUGUGUAUGAAUGUGUGAUGAUGACAACCAAUCAAAUAUUUUAUCUGUAUCCAAUUUCAUCCUUCUUCUCUUGUGCUCCAGCUGACCCAAAGUAGAACCACAAAGCUUUGCAAUUUGUUUCCAGACUCCAGAGUAAAGCUCCAGUAGAGUAAACACGUGAAACUACACGUAGCUUGCGCAACUAACUGUGCGGAAAUUAGCGGAAUGUGCGCGCUAUUGGCACACACAGAUAUUAUAGCCGCAAUUAAUAGUAAUUUACAGCUACUGAUGAGUGCAUACUAAGCUCUUUUGGUGUGGUCCAACUGUUUGUAUGAAGGUAUAUGUAAUAGGCAGUGUUAGCAUAGGCCCAUAGUCACCUAAUGCAUUUUGGUGAGUGGGAGUGAGCCAACUUUUGAAUUGGCAAUGUGUUGAGCACACAGGCACAUGACGGUUGAUUCUUCCAUUUAAGACAAAAUUUUCAGUCGCGAAAUCUGCUGGUCAGCAUUUUGUAUUGCUCGCGUAGCCCUAUAUAGCCCUAGCCCUGUAACCCAUGUUCAUAAUAGAUUGGGUAUAAUAUUCCGUGACUCAAAACUUAGUCUUGAAGUAGCAAAUGUUUUCAUGCAUGCCUUAAGCUGUCUGAUGGAAUGUGGUUUCUCUUCCAUAUUAUGUAUAAUAUAGACACCUGGUAAUGCUACAAUAUUCAUCGUUCGUAAUCCCAUCAAUGCAAUCGUGUCAUUCUGGAAGUGGCAGCUCAUCUAUACAAGGAUGUACAAAACGGAAGAAAAAAUACACGUCGCCAAUCCACCAGUCAGAUACUUCCGUAACAAUCCUAGAUGGAACAAUUCGAUUAGAGGAGAGGUUAAUUAUUGGACAAACCUCAUUAAGGGCACGCUCUCUAAAACCAACAAACCACUUCUGAUUGUGACCUACGAAGACAUUAAGAGCAACACAACCAGAGAGGUGUUUCGAAUGCUAGAUUUUCUAAAUGUGGAGUACUCUGCGGAGGAAAUUAUCGAAAAAUUCAAAGAUGACCAACUAACAAUGUUUAAGAGACCGAAAGCAAGGGAUUUUGAUCCCUACACACCUCCACAGAGGGACAGAGUGAGAACCCGUCUCAAACAGCUCUCGACAUCACUUCACCACAAGACAAUGGUCGAGAUAAUCAAACGCUAUUUAUUAGAACUUUGAUAGACUCUGUUAUGACUUUCAUAGUCACGUAACAGCAUUGUCCUGUUUUGUGUGUCUGCCCGCGGUAGCUCAAACGUCUCUACUAGCAACGUUGUACUUGCACACCUAUU